GAGCCCGCACGCGCCUCCCAUCGCCGACAGCGGCCGGGCGGCACCUGGACCGCAGGGCGAGCGAGCCGGGCAGAGCCGCCAGCACCCCGCCGUGGGAGAGGAAGCUCGCAGCGCCCAGUCCGGAGGAAGGUAUGUGAUGCUCAGAUACUGUUGCCUCUCAUCAAGUUGACGUCGGACGGGAGGAGAAUAAACUGUGCUCAGACUGGUCCAGAAGAGGGGGCGUGAGCAGGACCACCGCUGUAGGAACAGGUGACCUGUCUGGCAAGCAAGGCAGCAUCCCGAGAGCCUCUUCUCGACAUCAUCCCACAGACCACUGCUUCCUCGAGGGAAAGGGCGCUGAGGAUUUUGCUAUCAGCCACCUAAAACUUUUGCCUAGCCAAUAGAAGACUUUUGCUGAAGAACUGAACAAGAUACCGUUUCAUUUCGUUUUUGCAUCUUCUCAUCAUCUGGGCUGCAGUAACUGUUGUUUAGCUUUGAGAAUCUUAAGCCAUAUUUGUUACUGUCAUUUUUGUGUACACGUUUCAAGAUGAUCGACUUAAGCUUCCUGACGGAGGAGGAGCAAGAGGCCAUCAUGAAGGUUCUGCAGCGGGACGCUGCCCUCAAGAGGGCGGAAGAGGAGAGAGUCAGACAUUUGCCUGAAAAAAUUAAGGAUGACCAGCAGCUGAGGAAUAUGAGUGGCCAAUGGUUUUAUGAAGCCAAGGCAAAAAGGCACAGAGACAAAAUCCACGGAGCAGAUAUCAUCAGAGCGUCCAUGAGAAAGAAGAGGCACCAGGGAGCAGCUGAGCAGAGUAAGGACAGAGCAAACAGGGCAAAGAAAAGCUGGGUGAAUAAUGUCAACAAAGAUGCUUUCCUCCCCCCAGAGCUAACCGGUGUUGUAGAAGAGCCAGAAGAAGAUGUAACGCCUGCAAGCCCAAGCCAGCUCCAGGCUUCUGAACUCCCACCAUCUUCUGGAUGCUCUGCUUGUCUUUACUCCUCUUGUAUUCGAACGAGAACUCACCUGGCCAGCCUGGAGAAUUGGAUUGAAAGUUCCCAUUCCAGUGUGGUAAAUCCAGCUUCCACCAUGUUUGAUACAUCCCAGGAAAGCACAAGGGAGUCAGCUGUAUCUCCAGCCAAGCAAAGGAAGAAUCCAUUUAAUAGCUCUAUGCUGCCAGAAGAUCACUUAUCUCAACAAAUCAAAAACGAGCAGUCAGAAAAUGGAAGGGCUGGUUUCUUUCAGACUUCAAAAGAGGGUGAAUUGUCAGAGUCCAAAGAAAAGUCAUCUAUCCUGGAUAUUUCAAGCCAAAAGUUAGAGAAAACAAAGCAGACUUUUCCAGGCCCUGAGAAUGGGUCCCAAAUCAAGGCUCCAAUCCCCAAAGCCAGGAAAAUGAUCUAUAAAUCGCAUGACUUAAAGCAAGAUAAUGACCAGUCUUUUCCUAGACAAAGGACAGACUCCCUGAACACAAGAGGGGCUCCAAGAGGGAUCCUGAAACGCAAUUCCAGUUCCAGUAGCACAGACUCAGAAACUGUUCGUUUUCAUCAGAACAUUGAACCCAAAAGCAAAAUUGUGUCACCUGGCCUAACCAUCCAUGAGAGAAUUUCUGAGAAGGAGCAUUCUUUAGAAGAUGACUCCUCCUCAAACUCACUGGAGCCAUUAAAGCACGUGAGAUUCUCUGCAGUGAAGGAUGAACUCCCACAGAGUCUGGGGCUAGUCCAUGGCCAGGAAGUAGGAGAAUUUAGUGUUUUAGAAUCUGACAGGUUGAAGAAUGGAACAGAAGAUGCAGGGGACAUAGAUGAGUUCUGCAAUGAUCCUAAGCCUUCCCAAUACAGAAAGCCUUUGCUUUUUCAGCCAUCCGCCUCAAGCCCGAGUACAUCAAAAAAUGAAACACAUCAGCCAGCGACUUCUGGUUCCUUUCCAAUUAAUGAGCACCAUUCUCCCAAAGAAGUUUUAACUACAAGAGCACAGUCCACUGAGAAUUCACACACCAUCGAUGAACACAAAGCUAACUCAUCAGAAUUGUCAAGGCUUGAAUCAAAAUUGUCUAGAAGCCCUGCUGAUGAACUGUCUCACGUUGAGCCUGAGUCAUCUCAGGUGCCAGAUCACAGUUCUAGAGACCAUCAGCAAGGUAAGCCCCCUCUUCUCAAGUCCCUAAAAGCUAAGACGUCCUCAUGCUCUGGUCCACAUGCCACUGACAUAAGGAAGACAACCGAUGAUUCCAUAUCUAAAGUCCUAGACUGGUUGAACCGAAGUUCUCAUUCAGAUGACAAGAAAUCAUCUCUCCAAUAUUCCCAAGAAAUAGAGCCCAAAGAAAAAACAGACUCAAAGUCACGGAUUGCUGUUGGCUUGGUGACAGAUGAUACCAGUCAAAAAGAAAAUGGCUCAAAGGCUCUGUUAUCCACCAAAGUUGAAUUGACACCUGUGGGAUCUGAUUCAACGUUCCAGGUAGAGGAAAAUAUGCCUUUUGGAAAUGGCGAAAAUGUGAAUAUCAAACCCAAAUCUAUUAAUUUGUCCCCACAAGGCAAGGAAAGUCCAGGCAUACUGCAACCAUUUGAAAUCUCCAGUCCAAAUCAAGAGAGUAAAACUGUGGACUAUAGCCAAGUUUCAAAAAAUGUAGGAGAAGGAAUUGGGGUACUUCCUCCAACCAAUAACUAUUCCUACAGUGUUUGCAAAGGAUCUCAUGCAGAAGAUCAAGUUCCAUGCAACAUUAAGGAUGUUGACAGUUUAGGUGAAGAAGAGCCCAAGCUUUGUGUUUAUGAAAAAAAUAGAAGAAAGUCAGAAGUGAAUUUUGAGUCUUCAACAGUUAUCGAACAACGGAGUUUUAAAGACAAUGUGAAGGCAGAGAGAGAGAGCAAAGGAAGAGAUAGUUACAUCCUAAAAGCUUCUUCAGAAUCAGAGACUAUUGAGUCACCCCCUGAGGCUACCAACAAUAAAUCUCCUUGGAAGAAGCCUAAGGUCCAACUACAAGAAGCAGGUGAGGUUCCCCAGAAGCAAGUGCAAAGAGAGAAAUACAAAAGAGUGAGUGACAGAAUAUCCUUUUGGGAAGGUGAGAAAGCUGCUGCUAACUUAACUCAUAAAGAACCGACAUCUUCAUUUAGUCAGGAACGACUUUCUGCUAAAGCAUAUCAGCCUGUGAAGUCCAUGGACAGUUUAUCUACGGUCUGUAGUAAAUAUAAUAAUCAAGUCACUGCCAAACAAGUGUUCCUAGAUAAGGAUGAUCAAGCAGCCCAUCUCUGCCAUUUUUAUUCCUCAAAUAAAACUAAAGAGACCAGGCCCCAAAUAUCAGGUCCAUCCAAAAAUGAUCCUUCAGCUGACCAACCAGGUAAAGUGUCUCUGUUUCAGAAUAUGACAACUGAGCCUAUAAGAUUACCAGUGACAGACAGUUUGCAUUAUGAAAAGGACAUUACUCUGCCACCACUGCAACUUCCUUCAAAUGUUGGGAGUGAAAUACAUACCUCUUUGGAGAAAGACAGAUCUCUAAUUGGUGAAUGGAAUCCCAACUUUAAAGUUAUAUCCCUAAAAGAAAGAAUGGAUGAACCCAACACAGAACAGGUCUACAAUCACUCUCAAUUUGAGAAUUUGAGAAAGUUUUGGGACUUAGGAGCCAAUCCAAACAGUCAAGAUAAUAUUGAGAAGAAUACUACCACAAGCCAAAAAAAUUCUGUGCCUUUUAAUAGCCAGAAACACAAAGAAUUCAGUGACAUUAAAUCAUCAGGAAAAAAUACCCAUGAAAGAGAGACGCUUCUAAGCCAGAAAAAAGUUCCGGCAGGAGAAGAAAUAGAGAAAUUAAAUUCAAAGGGCACACUCCAGGUGUUACCAAAUGAAACCACAUUUCCAUUGAGACCACCCAGAAAGUUCACUCAUCAGUUGCCAGGAUAUGAGUCAUCAAAGGAAAACAUGGGAAAAAAUACAGAAGGGUUUGUUACUCCAGUGUUCAAGGAAGAAAAGGAUUACUCUGACCGAGAGAUUCAAGAGAUUGAAGAAUCCAUCAUGAAAACAAGUGUUUUGUCUAAAGACUACAGAGACACAUUUAAUGACAGCUUACAGAAGCUGCUUUCAGAAGCCUCAUCACCAGUCAUCCAGCCCUCUGGUGGGAAAGUUCAUAAAAAACAAGCGCUUGAACCAGGUAUUUCUGAAAAUAAGACAUGGCCUCGAAAGACAGAUUUUGCUGAUACUGAGGAAGAAGCCAAAAGACCUAAGGAGAUCAUUAAUGAGCAUAUAGACAAAACAGUAGCUCCUCCAAAGGUCAAUUCGAACACUUUGACUGCUAGUCUAGACAAACUGCUGAAGGAAGCAACUGGAACUCCACCCUCUCCCUUGCAAACCGAAUGUGAACCGGCAACCACUAGGAUCAACUCUGAGUCUGAAGAGAGUAGAGUUUAUGAAAAAGGGAUAGAAUGGAGUCAGAACACAUCAGCCUAUCAGAGAGAGAUAAUAGCUUCUUUUCCAGAGGCAGAAACUUUGGGAAAUACAGCUCUCUCCCAGAAAGCUCAAAGUGGUUCAGAAGAAGAACCCAGUCCUGUUUUGAAAACUUUGGAAAGGAGUGCUGCUAGGAAAAUGCCUUCCAAAAGUCUAGAAGAUAUUGCAUCAGAUUCAUCAAAUCAAGCAAAAGUAGAUAAUCUGCCAGAAGAAUUAGUGCGUAGUGCUGAAGAUGAUCAAAAAGCAGAUCAGGAACCAGAUACAAAUGAAUGCAUUCCAGGAAUUUCCACAGUGCCUUCACAACCUGAUAAUCAGUUUUCCCACCCUGACAAACUCAAAAGGAUGAGCAAGUCUGUUCCAGCAUUUCUCCAAGAUGAGAGUGAUGACAGAGAAACAGAUACAGCAUCAGAAGGCAGUUACCAGCUCAGCAGACACAAGAAGAGCCCGAGCUCUUUAACCAAUCUUAGCAGCUCCUCUGGCAUGACGUCCUUGUCUUCUGUGAGCGGCAGUGUGAUGAGUGUUUAUAGUGGAGACUUUGGCAAUCUGGAAGUGAAGGGAAAUAUUCAGUUUGCAAUCGACUACGUGGACUCACUGAAGGAGUUGCAUGUCUUUGUGGCCCAGUGUAAAGACUUAGCAGCAGCAGAUAUUAAAAAACAGCGUUCGGACCCAUAUGUAAAGACUUAUCUGUUACCAGACAAGGGCAAAAUGGGCAAGAAGAAAACGCUUGUAGCGAAGAAAACGUUGAAUCCUGUGUAUAAUGAGAUACUGCGGUAUAAAAUCGACAGGCAAAUCUUAAAGACACAGAAACUGAACCUGUCUGUUUGGCAUCGAGAUACAUUUAAGCGCAAUAGUUUUCUAGGGGAAGUGGAACUUGAUUUGGAAACUUGGGACUGGGAUAACAAACAGAAUAAACAAUUGAAGUGGUACCCUCUAAAGCGGAAGACGGCACCAGUUGCCUUUGAAGCAGAAAACAGAGGUGAAAUGAAGUUAGCUCUCCAGUAUGUCCCAGAGCCAAUGCCUGGUAAAAAGCUUCCUACAACUGGAGAAGUGCACAUCUGGGUGAAGGAAUGCCUUGAUCUACCACUGCUAAGGGGCAGCCAUCUAAAUUCUUUUGUUAAAUGUACCAUCCUUCCAGAUACAAGUAGGAAAAGUCGCCAGAAGACGAGAGCUGUGGGGAAAACCACCAACCCUGUCUUCAACCACACCAUGGUGUAUGAUGGGUUCAGGCCCGAGGACCUGACGGAAGCCUGUGUCGAGCUUACCGUCUGGGACCAUUACAAAUUAAGCAACCAGUUUUUGGGAGGUCUUCGGAUUGGCUUUGGAACAGGGAAAAGCUAUGGUACUGAAGUGGAUUGGAUGGACUCUACUUCAGAGGAAGUUGCUCUCUGGGAAAAGAUGGUAAAUUCCCCCAACACUUGGAUUGAAGCAACCCUGCCUCUCAGAAUGCUGUUGAUUGCCAAGAUUUCCAAGUGAACCCAAAGUCCACUGGCUCCUCCACUGAAAACUACUAAACAGGUGGAAUCUGAUCUUAAAAAUCUUACUAUGUAGACAGAGAUCCUCACCUUCUAUCUAUUGCCAUAACAAAUGCUACGCAGCAUGUUAAAGUCAACCUGCAUGUACUUCUUCGGUUACAAAGCCCAAGAGACUUAAAUGAUAACAAAAUAUGUAACGUGUUUGUGACUCCAGCAUUAAAGAAGAUGUUUGAGAAAGUUAAGAAAAUCAAACCAUUGCUGCUGCUUCAAAGAAAAAGCUGCCAAAAAUAAUUAAAUGUGGGGUGUUAAUGAACAAAGUUUUCAAAUUUGCCAUCAUGUGUUUCUUUCUUUCUUUUUUUUUUUCAUUUUUUGGCCGUGCCACAAGGCUUGUCGGAUCUUAAUUCCCCGACCAGGGAUCGAACCUGCACCCCCUGUACUGGAAGUGUGGAGUCUUACCCACUGGACCACCAGGGAAGUCCCACCGCCAUGUGUUUCAAACCACAGUUUUGUGCUACAGUUAGGAGGGCCUGCCACUUGAUCAUUGAAAACCCUUGCAUGAACUGAAAAAAUGUUGGUUAUAGAAGAGUGACUGAAAGAUACUCCUACGAGGGGAAAAAAAGGCAGAAUAUCAGUGAUGAUAAAGAAUUUGUUCAUAAGAAAACUAUUUACUCUGUAAUCUCUAUUGAAAAUGGAAUUCCAUGUUAGGGCAAUGAGACUAUAUUUACUGCGUAUAUUUUUUGCCUUGAGAAACUUUCCCUUUUCCCAGUAUUAACGUUCCAAAUGUGCUUUGGUGCCACCCACUGGCCAUAGGUGGAAUUUAGUUUUGGGCUUAAUUUUCUCCUAAGGUAAGUCUCAAGCCUGUAUUUUUGUAAUAGAGUGCCAGUAUAUAAAACAAAAACCUUGCGUAUAUGAGAUUCUGUUUUUCUUAUAACUCUACUAUAUGAAAGCAGCAUGAGAGUGGUCGCAGACAUGCCUUGCAACAAAGUUUUAAUUAGAAUGAAAAUUGUUAAAUUAUACUGUACUUCCUGUGUCUGUAUAAUUUUCAUAAAGUAUUUUGUAAAAACCCUUAGAAUAAAUUAUUAUAUGAUUUAA